AUGGCCGAAGGGAUCUACACUUUUCAAUCCCUGUAUUCGUGUUCGGGGAGGUCGUUUUCCGACGGCCCUUCUUCGAACGCAGCGGGUGGGUCUCGUCAUAUUGCUCGACGAGACCCAGAACAUCAACAAUCAGCUGGGCACGAGGCUCCCAGCUGUCUCACGCCGGUGGAUAGCCACGCUAGCGGACGAGGUAACUCGUCCGGAUGCCAUUCACAUCGCGGUGGUUCAAAAUACGCUCCACCAGAAAGCGUUGACCACCGCCAGAGUCCACCAAAGGAUGUGGUGGUGGCGGGAAAACCUGAUUUGGCUCGAGGGUCGAAUCAGAUUGAUGUUCAGGAUCUGAACCGUGUAACGGAGCAGUUGCAAGAUGACCUGGCUCAAGAACGAUCUCAGCGUUAUGAGCUCCAUGAUCUUGUAAAGGAUAAUCACAAUUCCUUAACGCACGAUCGUUCGAACGAUCGUGCCGCGUUUGCGUUAGCACAACUUGAGAACGAAGGUUUGACUCGUUCUCUUCGUGACGAGCUGGCUGUAGCUCGUCGAGAUAUUGCUCAACUGCGAGAGCAGGUCGCUUCGCAAGUCGACCAGAUUAGCUCGUUGAAACGGGACCACUCGAAGGUGGUCUUGGCUCUUGACCGCGGAGGUGUUCUUCGCAUCUCGAAACGGGCUCGUACUGAUAGUACGGGUGGAGACGUUUAA